AUGCCUUCAAGUUUAUCAUCGUUGUCACCUGAAUUGCUGGUGAAUAUCCUCCAGUCACUAAGUUCCUCAAGAGAUCUUGACGCGAUAGUCAAAACCUCACCGCAAUUUUAUCGGGUUUUUUCAGCAUAUAAGCAAUCUAUUAUUUCCACAAUCUUACUAUAUGCUAUACCACCGGAAGUUGAAUUAGACUUUGUCUUGGCGUACCGUGCACAGAGAAUCUGGAAGUCGGUCCCUGAAGAUAAUGAACGGCGUGGUGGAUAUCGACGCAACAAGCAUGCAGAGCUUUUCGAUAGCUUAAAUCAAGAGUCCACAACUAUCCUUGAGGUGCUCAAGUCAGGAAAAGGCGAACGACUGCACGAGUUGAUCACUGAUCGCGCGCUUUUACUGGAUAUAUGGAAAUUCUACAGUGGGUUCGAACACUUCUUGGUUUCCUACAGCACCAGGGCACUUUCAGACUUACAACCAUCUUCAUCUGCCUCCAAUGUGCUGUUAUCCUUUACUGAGCAGGCCCGUCUGCAGCGGGCUUUUUUUCGAUGGGAGAUUUAUACAUGCCUGUUCCAGAUAUCCCAGAUUUCUGGUGGUGGUCCUCUCGAUCAGAUCCCUUCAAGUGACCCAGGACCAAGGUUUGCAGCAAUGCUUUAUCCCUGGGAAAUUGAAGAAAUGUCCUGCGUAGCUCAGUUCUAUAAAGGCCUUUUGGAAGAGCUUAGCGAUAGGAUCGAGGAAGACUUUGUGACAAUGGCGAAGGAGAAAAUGGCUGCGCGCGCCGAUUUCACUAAGGAGCAGAAAGACCCUGUGGAUGGUAUGCUGGAUUGGUUUUGCCUGCGGUGGUAUGACGAAUCCUUUAAGAAAAGUCAGCGGUCAUGGCAUAUAGACUAUCUGGUCUCGCGAGGAAUGCUAGCCGUGCGGAAGCUGAGUAGCGCACCAUUUCCAAUUGUGAGAAGGAUGGUUAUAAACUCGAGUCCCGAAGCUAGGGGUAAAAUAUCUAUAUUGGUUAGACUAAACGAGUCUAAAUCUCAGGUUGAAGGAGAAGGGGAGGAAGAAGAACACUGUAAAAAGCACCCCACGGGGGACAAUUCUGACGACGAAUGUCUUGAUCAUUGCAAUUUCGGUUGGCUAUGGGCUGUCGGGAAUGAGAAGACGAGAUGGAGAUGGGAUAUCGAUCUCCCAGCUAACCAUGAGCUGAGGAAUCGAGGCUACGUCUUCUGGGACAAAGCACGACUGCGAAAAUGUAAAGAGUUCCAGUCGCCUCGUGAUCCAGUCAAAGAUGAUUUUGAAUUUCCUUCUGGCUAUCGAGAGUAUUCCAAGCUGCCCGGUAUUCAGACCAAGCUCAAAGAUUUCCCUAUCUGUUGGGAUGUUGUCAAAGAGAUGGCGGAUGAAAUUCUCUUUCGGGACAGUGAAGAUGAUGGGUCUUCCCUGAUAGACUGGAGGAAGUAG